GGAUGGCGAGAUUGAAGACCUGAAGACCCAACUCUCCAGGAUGCAGGAAGACUGGAUUGAAGAGGAAUGUCACCGAGUGGAGGCUCAGCUGGCCCUCAAAGAAGCCCGGAAGGAGAUUAAGCAGCUCAAGCAGGUCAUCGACACCGUCAAGAAUAACCUGAUCGAGAAAGACAAAGGCCUCCAGAAGUACUUUGUGGACAUCAACAUUCAGAACAGGAAGCUGGAGACGCUGCUGCACAGCAUGGAGGUUGCGCAGAAUGGGACGGUCAAAGAGGAAGGGCACACCGAGUCGGCUGGGGGAUCUCCUGCACGCUCGCUCACCCGCAGCUCCACGUACACCAAGCUGAGUGACCAGGGAGCGACGGACAGGAACAUCGGCGGCUCUCAAACCAUCUCCGUGGACGACGGAGCCGAUAGCGGCUUCGUGGCUGCGGAGAACUCCUUGAGCCGGACAGAUUUGCUGGACCACAGCAGCCUCCUGUCCUCAGGUGUGGAGUGUGGUCCUGACGAUGCCUCGUCCCUACACACCUCCUACACCCUGGGGUCCCAGAUGCCCACCAGCUCCACGUACGAGAAACUAGCGGGAUCUCAGCAGAGCGUGGAGGCCGCCGUACAAGCUAGCUGCAUGCAGGAACAAGCCAUCCAGACAGACUUCGGACAUUACCAGCCAGAUCUGGACACCAUCUUGGAGAAGGUCAUGAAGUCUCAAGCGGGCAGCCUCGCCAGUCCCACCUCGGAGUGGCCCUCUGAGAUAGAAGAGGUGGCCGAGCCCACCAGCUCAGAGAGUUGUGUCCCCAGCUGCUCAAACCACACAGACAGGACGGCCCCCGAACCCGUCUCUGCUGUCGUGGUCAGUGCUGGAGAACCCACCGAGAAGCCCGAUGGCCAGCCGGCCUCGCAAAACCCGGCUGUGCAUCAGCCUUGCAGCGCCAGCCCAUCCGUGAGCAUCGUCUGCAGCCCUGAAGAUGAGGCAACUGAGCCAGGACAGGACACCGCGGGGGCAGCAGCCCCAGUGGGCUCUUCGGCCGAGCCCACAACUUACUGGAGCCGCCAUUUCCUUGUGGAUCUCUUGGCGGUGGUUGUGCCGGCGGUGCCUACGGUGGCUUGGCUGUGCCGUUCGCAGCGGAGGCAGGGGCAACCCAUUUACAACAUCAGCUCUCUGCUGCGGGGCUGCUGCACAGUCGCCCUGCACUCGAUCCGGAAGAUCAGCUGCCGGUCAGUCACCAACGUGAGCAGCACCUGCUCUCAGCCAUAA